UCCAGAUUCACGUGCUGUAAGAAAGUGUGCAUGGCGCGCCUGGAAUGAGAUCGCAGGUCCCUUGAUGUUGGGUCCCUUGAUGUCCUAGGGAACCUCCUGUUGAUUUUCCCGGAUCUGGCCAGACCUAUAUGGAAACACGGGAGGACAGAGGAACUGGCUGCUGGACCCCUGAGAGCUCCCUGCUUCCAGUGGAGCGCAACAACAAAGUUGUGUGGCCUGCCAGGGUGCCGGCCCUGGAAUCGGCCUCAGCUGUUGGGGCGCUGGCCGCCUUGGACCCCUCCAGGCUGGGCUCUCCCACUUCACCCCCUUGAUACCCAGAGCGCUUCCUUCCCAUGUACUCUGGGGAACAGCUCCAGCAGCUCUUGCCAGGUGCAAAAUCUUCGGCAGGAGCGCGUGUAAAGUGACUGAUAAGGUACCUCUGAUGCAACAUGACCAGGUGGGCAGAAGUUACUACCACACAUAAAAAGAGGCCCUUGCCUGCAACAUCAUGGGAGGACAUGAAGAAGGGGUCCUUGGAGGGAACAAGCCCAAAUCUACCAAAUCGUAAACAACCUGAAGCCAAUAGACUGUCCCUUAAAAAUGUUGCACGCCAAGCAAAACAUAAAAAGAACAAAAGGAAGAAAGAAUACUUAAAUUAAGAUGUGAAUGGAUUCAUGGAAUACCUAAAACAGAACUCACAGAUGGUUCACAAUGGGGAGAUGAUAGCAAUGGACAGCCAGGAAGUAAGGGAAGAAAUUGCAGUUGCUUUAAAGAAAGACAGUCCAUGGGAAGGAAGACGAUUAAAAAGACAAGCAGCAAAGAAAAACGCAAUGGUAUGUUUCCACUAUAGAAAACCUGACCAGGGAAUUGCAGAUUGCCCAGCUGCCCUUGUAAAUCAAGAUAUGGGCACUGGAAUAUGUUAUUGAUGUGGGUCCACAGAGCAUGAAAUAACCAAGUGCAARGCUAAAGUAGACCCAGCUCUUGGUGAAUUUCCUUUUGCAAAAUGUUUUGUUUGUGGGGAAAUGGGGCAUCUGUCCCAUUCAUGUCCUGAUAAUCACAAAGGAUUCUAUGUUGAUGGUGGUGGUUGCAAACUUUGUGGUUUUGUGGAACACUUUAAGAAAGAUUGCCUUGAAAGUCAUAAUUCAGAUCGAAUGGUCACAGUUGGUCGCUGGGCAAAAGGGAUGAGUGCAGACUAUGAAGAAAUUUUGGAUGUACCAAAACCAAAGAAACCCAAAAUAAAAAUACCUAAAGUUGUCAAUUUUUAA